AUGGGAGCUCAAAAGAGCAUCCAUGCUGGCAAAGCAAAAAUUGACGUUAAUGUCGAUUUUACUCACAAACUAUGUACUUCUUUGAUGCUCAAUACCUUCAGUAGUGCUGGCAAUCCUCUUUCAUUAGUAAUUGGAAGUCUCUGCAUCAAACACCCGAACUUAUUUGGUGGAAGUGAGAAGCUUGAUGUUUCAUGGGACAAGGGUUUGUAUGAUUCAAAUAUCUUAAUCGCGUAUAGGAGGCCACGGCAAGAAUGUCUUGCUCAUCAGUCUUUUGUAGUGCAGCAUUCUUUUUCACCAGAGAUUGGAACCCAUGGUAUUCCUAUGAACAACUUCUCCCGCUCGGGAAGUGGAGGAGUAAAUUUAUCUAGAUUAUCGGUUGGAAUGGACUUGAAGGAACCUGUGAGUUCAGUGUGGAGCAGCACAUCCAGCAUAAAAUUUGAGCAUGUUCGCCCAUUUAACGAUGAUGGACGCAGUAUAAGUAGGGACUAUGAUGGGUUUGCUUUGACUUACAGUGGGAGUCCACAUGACAGUAUGGUAGUGUUAAAGCAUGAAUCUCGCUUUGCAAAGGCAAACGAUCAUAGCUUUUUUCAUUUUAAUCUUCAAAUAGAACAAGGUAUUCCAGUUCUUUCAAAGAUGAUAAUUUUCAACCGAUUCAAAUUUGCUGCUUCGAAAGGAAUCAAACUUGGACCAACACUUCUCUUGACAAGACUUACAGGUGGUUCGAUCGUUGGGGACAUGGCUCCUUACCAAGCAUUUUCCAUUGGAGGGCUUGGGAGUGUUCGAGGGUAUGGAGAAGGAGCUGUCGGAUCUGGUAGAUCAUGUCUGGUGGCUAAUAGCGAACUGACCCUCCCUUUGAAUAAGGUGUUGGAGGGUGCGGUUUUCAUGGAUUGUGGAACAGAUUUGCGGUCUGGUUAUCUUGUACCCGGAAAUCCAGCUUUAAGGCAAGGUAAACCAGGAUAUGGUGCUGGAAUGGGAUGUGGAGUUAGAUUGAAAUCACAGUUUGGUCAUUUUCAAGUUGAUUAUGCUGUUAAUGCAUUUAAGCAGGGAAUUUUCUAUUUUGGCCUCAGCAAUCUUGCUUCAUGA